AUGGCCUAUCGCGGAUUGAAUUUGAUUACUCGACAAGCGAUUGUUCGUUCGACUUUUCGACAUGCCAACCUUCUUACUCGGAAUAAUAUUUCACUAAUUUGCCACGAUCGUGGAUUCUUCUUCGGAAAGCGUCGUGAGCCGAAAUGCGAUCUGAAGAACCAGUCGAUAGUUCAGGAAGAUGGUGGACGGAAAGCCGCGUGGCUGGGAGAUGGACCACUUCAUCAUGGCUGGUUUGACGGAACACUCACAACAUAUACAGCAAUCAGAAGAGGUCCAACUGUUGGUGGAAAAGAAAUGUUAGGGACGAGAGUCAUGAAAGAUGGAAAACUGGAAUGGAAGUGGAUUACUUAUGAUCAGGCGAUUGAAAUGUCCGAUCAUGUUUCUCAGGCGAUUCGGAAGUUGGGGAUUGAAACAGGAGAAGAAUCAAAGAUCGGAAUUUACUCCAAAAAUCGGCCGGAGGUAAACUCUUUCUUUUCAGUGGAAGCUAGUUUUCUAUUUCAGUGGGUUAUCUCCGAUAUGUCUCUCCAUAACUUCUCAAACGUCUCCGUCCCUCUCUACGAUACAAUCACCAACGACGACAUGCACUACAUCACAAAUCUCUGUGAGCUCAAAAUGAUGUUUGUGGAUCUAGAGGAAAAGACGAAACAACUUAUCCGUGACAAAUCCUAUCUUUCCACUCUCAAAUACAUCGUUCAAUACGACAAAGUCUCCCCGGAAACCAAAGAAUUGGCUCGUGAGAAUGACUUCCAAAUAUGGAGUUUCGAAGAGUUUAUGGAGAUGGGAAAACGAGAAAAACCCCGUCAACAUGUUCCGCCAACACCAGAAACUCUUGCCACAAUCUCCUUCACUUCUGGAACAACUGGAAGACCAAAAGGUGUCAUGUUGACUCAUCUGAAUCUGUGCUCCGCUACAAUGUCGUGUGACGAAUUUGAUCAGAAGGAAGGAGGAGAUGGAUACCUCUCGUAUCUUCCGUUGGCCCAUAUUUAUGAACGAUUAUGUACACUGGCCAACUUUUCUAUUGGAUCAAAAAUUGGAUUCUUCCGCGGUGAUCCCACUCUUCUCAUGGAAGAUAUUCAGGCUCUGGCUCCAAGAUCCGUCGCCACAGUUCCACGUGUCAUUGACAAGAUUCACAAGGGAGUCAUGAAACAAGUAGUGGAUAAGCCAGUGAAGAGAAUGAUUCUGAAAGCUGCGCUCACUUAUAAGUUGCAUCAUUAUAAGAUGACCGGAAAAGCUACUCGUGGAACUUGGGUCGACAAGUACAUCCUUAAUAAGAUCCAGAUGCUUCUCGGUCCCAACAUUCGUCAGAUCAUCAUCGGAGCUGCUAAAUCGGAUGCAUCCUCUUUGGAAUUCAUGCGUGGUGCAUUUGGAAUCGAAGUUCUAGAAGGAUACGGUCAAACGGAAACAUCGGGUCCCACCACGAUUCAACUCGUUGGAGACACCCGUGUCGCCUGUGUGGGUCCACCAAUGGCGUGUUGUCUCAUCAAACUUGUUGAUGUUCCUGAUCUCGGAUACUUUGUGAAUCAGAAUGGAGGAGAGAUUCUCGUUAAGGGAUACAACGUCACUUCUGGAUACUACAAGAAUCCAGAUGCCACGAAAUCGGCUUUCACUGAGGAUGGAUACAUGAAAACUGGAGAUAUCGGACGGUUCACACCAGAAGGAAGUCUUCAGAUUAUUGAUCGUCGAAAGAACGUCUUCAAACUUCCACAAGGCAAAUUCGUGGCACCGGAUCUCAUAGAGACCCUUUAUACUUCUUCAAGAUUUGUGCAACAGAUUUAUGUUCAUGGUGAUCUUCAGAAGCCGUGGCUGGUAGCUGUGGUGGUUCCAGAUCCAGAUCAUCUUGCCGGAUACGCCAAACUGAAGCACGGAAUUAAAGGAAAAACGUAUGAGGAGUUGUGCAAUACUCCAGUGCUCGCUGAAGACUGCCUCCGUCAUUUUGUUCAAUUGACAGAAGGACACAAGCGACCGAGAUAUGAAGGGGUCUACGCCGUCCAUCUGACACCAAUUGCAUUCACAGCUCAAAAUGGACUGACGACUCCAACAUUGAAGAAUAAACGGAACGCGUUGUCUCAAUUCUUCAAAACGGAUAUUGAGAACAUGUAUAAGAAGAUUGAAGCCACUGAACUCACUGAACUUGAUUUUAGAAUUUACAAUUCUCAGAAUCUCAAAAUUUCUGAAUCUCAGAAUCUCAAAUUCUCAAGUUUUCAAAAUCUCAAAACUUCAAAAGCUUUAAAAUUCAGAAUCUCAGAAUCUUCAAAUUUAAUAAAUUCGGAAUCUCCAGAAUUUCAGAUUUUCAUAAUCGUAGAAACUCUGAACGUCGAAAUCUCAAAGUUCCAAAUUUCAAAAUAUCAAAGUACCUAA